UGCGCUCCGGGCGCGCGGAGAAAGAAGGAGGCGAGAUGGUGGGGCGGCUCAGCCUGCCGGACGUCCCGGAGCUGCCGGACUCGAAGCGCCGGGCCGAGCGGGGCCUCGACAGCCCCGACUCCGGGCUGCCCCCCAGCCCCAGCCCCGGCAGCUGGCUGCUCUCGGGCGGCGGCGGAUCGGAGCGGGGAGGAGUCGCCAGUGCGCUGCCGGAGACCGAGAGACCGGAGACCAAGCCGCUUCCGAAGGAGACCUCGUCUUGUCCCAGCCCGCUGCUCCCCGGCUGCUCCUCUCGCUUAUGCCCUCUGUCCUUUGGGGAAGGAGUGGCGUUUGAUCUGUUGCCGCCCAAGGAUAUAAGGUACACCUCUUCGGUGAAAUACGACUCUGAGAAACACUUCAUCAACAAUAUUUCUAUGCCGAUGGGCCUGGGGUUGUCCUCUUGCAGCCAGACGGUCGUCUGCGUCCCCGACAACACUUGGCGUAGCUACAAAGCUGAGGUGCGCCUCCAACCGCGCCCCCGGCCCAGGAGUUUCUCGAGCACCACAAUCGUCUACCCCAAGCACACCAAGACUGUGUACACCACCACACUGGAUUACAACUGCCGAAAGUUCGUGCGGAAGUUCCUCUCCAGCGUUGAGCUGGAAUCGACUGGGAGUGAUAACAACCCUGAUGGUUGCUGACUACACUCUCUCUCUCUCAGUCUCUUUCCCUCCCUCUCUCUCUGCUGUUGCAACAUGAUGGGUUUCUGACGCAUCGUAAGCUCUCCACUCGAUGGAAAUGGAUGAAGCCCUGAAUUAGCUUUGCCUCCCGAACGAAUUUCCUCUUGUAGCUACCUCUCCUCCACGGCAUGUCUUCAGCCUUAAGGAUCCUGUGGGCCUGCACUUAAUUUAUGUCUACAGGAACGCAAACGCAAUUUUCUCCGAGGGCACUUUCCCUCCUUUCUUUUGCUGUCUUUUCCUCGUGUGGGGUGAAAAUAAGCGGACCUUUCUUUUCCGAGAGGAAAGUAACUUGUUCGUGGAGAAGAGAAGGAGCUUAGGACAAAGGCCUUCAAGCGAAAACAAUUCCUGAACUGGCAGUUGGAAACCAUCCUAGUUGCUCCUGCGCCAAGUAAUUUUAUAUAUAUAAAAAGAACUCUUUCCAACCUAAAAACCAUAACUUAUUUUCGAUAGUCUCAUUUAUUACGUUAAUGUAUUAAGACAGAUUUUUUUGCCAGGGAAGGCUGGCUGGUGGUCAAAUCACAGUUAUAGUUUGUCACUAUAAACCUUACCGAUUAUACUCCUUAUGUGUUAUGCCUGCGUCUUUUAAGGAAGCCUAAAAAUCAGGCCAGUUGUGGUUUGGCAUAAAACCACAAUAAUUACUAGGUUAUCGGUUUCCCAGAUAUGCAUUAUAUACCUUGUUUUAUUUAAUUCAUUGCGGACUUGUCCAACAGUUCGCUUUGGUUAAAUUUGGUUGAAGUUGCUCCUGCAGGGCUUGUAGUGAGUAUAAAGCUAAUAUUUACCUUGGGAUCAUCAUCAUUUAACUCAUCGUUGCUUUAAAAGACGCAACAUUUUGCAAAUGCCACAAUUCAGAACCGCCCGUGAGUGCUUUGGAAAGCUGAGGAUAAUGGUGGCACAACCUUAGGCAAUCUCUUUUGGAUAAUGACUUUCAGAUUUCUAUGAUGAAAGUAGUAAUUCUGUGGCCCAGCAGCAUGCUAAGCCGCUGUUAAUGGGAGAUUCAGAGCCAGUCCUGGCUGCCUAAAAUGUGUGCGUUGUGAACAGGUCAUUUGAGUAAUUCUUCACAGGCGCAAAAGGAAGAUCUGACUGGACCCCUCUGGGUCAGAUACUUUGGUCCAUCUAGUUUAGAAUAAUUGACACUGACCAGCAGGAAGUCUUCAGGGUUUCAGGCGGGGGGGAGGGGUCACCCUACCUGCAGAUGCCAGGGAUUGAACCUAGGAUCUUCUGCAUGCAGAGCAGAUAUUCUAAUAUUACUAGGCUACAAUGCUUGCCCCAAGGGUCUUAGGAAGAUUUGCAGUAGUGUGUCAAAACAGUUUUGGUAAAUUUGGACAAAGGCGGAGUGAGAAUGCUGGAAACGUACACCCCUAGAAAUCGGUCCUAAAUACUGAGCAGCAUAGAGGCAUCUGCGAAUUUUAUUGUUUCCAUAGCAGUGCCUCCGUUUGUGGUCGGAGGCUUCCUGGUUGUGAGCGGUAGAUUAAACCUCCUGCAAUAAUCUGGACUAGAGGUGUGACCCAGUUGGCCAUCUCCGAUUCAGCGGUAAAGAUCAGCUUUCUCCAGGGGAAAGCGGCAGGACAGGGCAAUCUGGAUGAGCCCUAUGUUGUGUCAAGAGCUUCCCCUUCCUCACUAGCUUUUUCUUUGAAAGCCUUGUUCUGUUUUUAGUUUGAAAAACAAUUUACGUUGCCUGUUGUAACAGCCAUUCUCUGUCAACAAAUCUCAGUAAAUUUCAGGAAGGCUGUGAGAUGGAUGGGGUUUUGUGUUUGUGUUUUGCCAGUGGUUCCCUCUACAAAAAUAAACAGCUGAGAAUCUUGAGGCACCUGAAAGGCUGAUGGGUUUAUAAUGGCACUGCCAAACGGCGCAAACAAGAUUUCAUUUUCUUUCCUCCAACAGUUCGUCAGCAGGGUCUCUUGUUGAAGUUUCAUUGUUAUGCUUUUGCAAGCACUUUGACCAAAGGAAACAUUCCCUUUUAUAAAAAAUGCAUUCCCUCCUCCCCCCCCUAAAAUGUUGCUGAAAUAUAGAGCAGAUGAAGCAUGGGAGAAGUUCCUUAGACUGGUUGGAACAGAAGUUGUUUUGUGGGGUGUGCGAGUCAGUUUCACUCAUAAGAAGAAGUUAUGAUCUCUACACCUUAAAGGUGUGCGGGAGAGAUUCAGUUUGGGCAAGAACAAGUUUAGUUUUUGUCAGGAAUCCAGAAUGGAGCAGAAAGUCCAGUCAGUUGAGUUUGUUCUUGCAAGUGUGAUUAAUGGUAAGUGUAAGGUAUUUUGUGGCGUUCUAUGUGUGAAGGCAGGGUUGCUUCAUGGUAAGAAGGGGGAAUUGUUUUUGAGUUAUUAAUUUGAUUAUAAUUGAUGGUUCCUUUGCUGUGAAGGGAACUAGAAUCUAGGGAAUCUUUUGCAAAUGUUGCACACUUUUAAAGAUAACUUUGGGGAUGCUACUGCCCCCCCCACCCCACCAUGCCACGGCCAAACCAAAGCUAAGUUUUCAAAAGCCAGGAACUCUGUAUGCAAACAAAAUGCUGUAAUCUCUGGUACAGGAUGCAAACAACAUGCUAUCAUCUCCGUUGCAGGGUGCAAACAAAUUACUCUGUGACUGCGUAGUCAUAGAGAAACACUGAAUUUGUUGUUUUUGUUGAGUUCUGUAGGAGGAGCAAUAACCUUCUUUGAAGUAACAGAAAAACCUUUAUGAAAGGAGGAAGGUGUAUGAGUCAUUCCUCACUUAAAUUUUGCAUUGCUGUUGCAAAAACAGCUGAAUGUAUAUAAAAAAGGACAUGUAAUUUUCCUACUGGGUAGGGUUACCAAGUAGCGUUUAACGGGGAAAUGACUGACGAGUUAGACAUUCCUUGAGGAGUGACUGUUUUGUUAGAAAUGACCAAGUACUCAUUGUCAUCGCUGCAUACCUACGGUAGCAGUGUGAAGAAGUGAUCUAAGAAUUUGUAGGGCUGCCUAUGGGAAGCUGUCCUCUUAACUUUUGAAUCUGUGAGCUCUCUGGGAAUACUCACAAGUUGUUGUUGUUGUUUUAAAAACACACACACCCAAGUUUCUAGUUCUUGUGGUAAAAUGAACAUGGAAAGGUGGGCAGGCCUCUUUGCUGAAUUAUUUGCAUAGAUGGCAGCUGACGGAGUAAUGAGUGCAAAUUUUCCCGUAGAGCCUUUCUGCAUACUAGCCCCAGUGAUAUUUUAACUGGGCAAACAGAAUUUGGGGGAGAGACAUCCCACAUGGGAUGAGGGAUUGGAUUUGAAAAAGGAUGGGCUGCCAAGUCCCCAGUGCUGCAAAUGGACAUGGUUCAAAAAUACUAAAAAAGAGAGAGCCCAGCAUUGGCAGGGCAUUAUUGCAGAGGUUACUUAUCUUUAACAUGUGUGGUAUUGCAAAUAAGGUUUCUCUUUUUUAAAAUAAUAAAAAGGUACAAAAAUGUCUUUGGAAUAGGAAAAGCAUCCAGUGUGGACCCAAUAGGGAGAUGAGAUGUUUGCAACUCUUUGCUCACGAGAGUCACUUAUUCACAUUGGGAUCCCCUCAAUUAAGUAUCCUCCGUAGCUGCAGUCCUAAAAACCAGCUCAGUUGAGCCUAUUUAUGUGCAAAAUGUCUCUGAUUCAAUCCCUAGCAUCUCCAUGAAGGACUAGCAAGGAUUCUUGUAAUAAUAAUAAAAUUUUUAUUAUUUAUACCCUGCCCACCUGGCUGGGUUUCCCCAGCCACUCUGGGUGGCUUACAGUAACAUAUAAAAACAAGCUGCUGCCAGCCAGUGCAGACAAGCAGUAGGGAGACUAUAGCCGUCCAGAUGUUGUUUGGCUCCAGCUCCUGUUAACCCCAAUGGCCACAGCCUCUUGAGAGGGGCGAUCUGGGCAACUCUAGGCUCCCCAUCCUUCGGGUAGUGACAUUACUGGACUCUUAUCUCUCAGCCUUUUCCCUCCUAAUCUUUUAGGAUGAAAAGCCUGUGGAAGGCAGUGAUGGUAGAUUUUACUCCUUUUUCCAGCAGCCUUAAGAUCAUGAUGGUAGAGCGCUCGUAAUGUUUUUAUUCCUAUGGCAGUGAAUAAAUCUGUGCCACUCCUAGAGGUAUAUUUUGGGGCUUUAGUUGCUAACUUGAAAAUAUUAAACUGCUCUUGCCUGCUACCUCCAGGAUAUUUCUGUCUGCAGGAACCAAAUAGGGAACUGACUAAAGGGGCUUCCUUGAGGUAUUUGGUUGAAGGGGCUCAGGCUGAUGCAGCAAAGUAACUCUUGGGGUUCAUCAGACAUGUCACAGUGGCUACUAACCUACUUCUUGGUUAGGAAAUCAAAGGGUUUCUCUUUUUGUUUAGUAACAUGGCAUUUGAAGAAGCCCCUAGAAUUUGGGUGGUGGUGGGUGGGACCUGUCUGGAUACUUGCUCUAUGCAGAUAUUUCUCUAGGUCGAUGUGCUCUGGGGCUCUCCAAGUUUUGCAUUUCCAAUGAGUUAAUUAAUAAACUAGGCCUUGUAUCAUCCUCAUCCUUGCCUCUGGUUUUUUUUUUUAAUGAUCAGUCUUCGAUAUCUACCUAUAUGUGUGUACUUUUAAAAAAGAGGUGGUUUUUUAAAAAAGUGUCUUUACAUGAUUUAAAAGUUAACUUGUGUUGCCGCGUUCUUGCGAAGUCCUGGAUAUCACUGUGCAAUGUCAAUGACAUGAUUCCUCUCCCUCUCUCUAUGACUGUUCUUAAUUUGCUUUGGAUCCCCCCCCCCAUUUUAACUAGUAAUAAAUUAUCUGAAGAACAUAA